AUGCCUCAACAACGCUUGCAGUUUGUUCAACCGUCGCAACGAAAAGGUUCAAUAACAUCCGACAACCUUUCGGAGAGUUCCGGUCAGCAGCUACAUGACACAGACGAGAGCCGAACCUCUCAAUACCAAUCGUCGCGACCUCACACAGCCUCUAUAGCCUCUUGCGCGAAGCCAAGAACGUCAUGGGUCUUCUGUCAUAUGCCAGACGAGGAGAUUGAAACCAGAUAUUACAAUCAACGAACUGGAAAAGAGGAAUGGCGCUGCAAACACUGCGAGAAAACAUAUUCUUGUUCUGGUGGAACUGCGGCUCCAGCCAAGCACCUCACGGACCCUCCCCCUGACGGUCAUGGUCUCCCAAAAGGCGCUCCACGAUCCGCUAAAGUAAGAACUAUAAGAACUAUUCUUGAACAAGCUCGUCUUACGGCUGAAGAAAAUGUCCGAAAACGCCGCCGGUUUAACGAUCAAUACGGAGACUCGAUCGACCCGGACCAGCUCGAAGUGUUGUACGUAAGGUUUAUUACCGCCUGUUCUCUUCCAUUUCGGCUGGUGGAAUGCCCAGAAUUCCGAGCCCUAUUGGCCUACAUUAAUGCCGACGUCGAUACUUGGCUUCCAGACACGCACCAAACUGUCAAGAAAUGGAUUAUGCGGCAGUAUGAAGAUCAGAAGGAGAAGGUCAAGCAGCGCAUACAGUCCGCAAAGUCAAGGAUUCACAUCAGCUGCGACCUUUGGACUUCUCCCAACUCUUUGGCAAUCUUAGGCGUAGUUGCUCACUAUGUCACGGAAGACUGCAAGCUGGAACACCACACUUUGGCCUUAAAAGACAUCGACAGUGAGCAUGAUGGUUCUCACCUCGCCGCGGCAAUCAUGGAAGUGGUUGAAGACUGGGGUUUUGCUUCCAAACUUGGAUAUUUCGUGAUGGACAAUGCAAGCAAUAACGACACAAUGAUGAAGUCCCUUUCUCUUGCCCUUCUACGCCAAUUUGACAUUCAAUAUGAUCCCAAAUCUCACCGACUCCGCUGCCAAGGUCAUAUUAUCAACCUAGCCGCAAAAGCCUUCCUCUUCGUUACCGAUAACGAGAAGCUCGAACAGGAAGAUUUGGGUCUGCAUAAUGUGACACUAAAGCAGAUUGAAGCGUGGCGGCAAAAAGGUCCUCUUGGCAAGCUUCAUAAUUUUGUCGUUUAUAUUCAAAGAAGUGUUCAACGCAGCCAAAAGUUUAUGGCUAUUAGCCAUAACCGCAAGCUUGCGCGAGACAACGACACAAGGUGGAAUUCGUGGUAUACCAUGCUGCAAGCGGCCUUGAAUCUUAGAGACGCAAUUAAUGGCUAUUUCAACAAAUGGGUAGAAGCAGAGUGUGCUGGAGACGAGCUCUCUGCAGAGGACUGGGCCAUCCUCGAGAAGAUCAAAUCAUUUUUAGAGAAGCUCAAAAUGACAACUAAGGCUCUGGAAUCAUCAUUUGCAACUCUCGAUAAUGUCCUCUUGGCUAUGGACUUCGUGUUGGCACAGUUCGAAGCAGGAAAAGAGGCAUAUACUGAUGAUCCGAUUAUGGCACCAAUGUAUAAUUCGGGCUGGGCGAAAUUGGAUAAGUAUUAUCGCCUCACUGACGAAUCGCCAGCCUACGUUGCAGCUAUCGUGCUCCACCCCUCGCAUAAAUGGCACUACAUACAUGAGAACUGGAAGAAAGAGUGGGUUGAGUCGUCAAAGAAGUUGAUUAAGACUCUGUGGGGUGAAUAUAAACCCGUGGAAUCACUUCCCCUCUCUAAGGCACCAUCGACAACUACGAACGAGUUCUUAAAAUGGAGGAAUAAGCAUCUACAACCGGCACCUAUCACAGACGAGUAUGAGCAUUAUUGUAGGACCGAACGGGUGUAUGGGUUUACAAGCGCCCUUACAUGGUGGCUAGAGGAGACCCAGCAAAAGACCUAUCCUAACUUAAGCAAAAUGGCCGUGGAUAUACUGUCAAUUCCCGCAAUGUCUGCGGAACCUGAAAGGCUCUUCUCUGGGGCAAAGAUAACCAUCACGGAUCGGCGAAAUCGGAUGGGGAGUGAUGUAAUUGAAGCGUUAGAGUGGUUCCAAUUCCUCGCAAGUGGUGUCCGCAAGCUCCUUGACCAGUACAGCAUACGGGCGCCGGACGUUAUUAUUACCGACUUUGACAAGCAAAUGAAACAGGCACUUGAGGUUGAAUUCCCAGAAGCCCAGCAGCAGAUAUGUAUCCACCAUAUCAACUCCAAUGUAAUGCUGCAGUCAAAACGGAGAUGGAUCUAUACCACGAGGGACAGUAGUACGGGGGAAGAGAGCAGUUCAGAUGAGCCUGAUGCAAGCCUCAACCAGCGCGAUCGGCAGGCUGUACGGGCCCCUGAAAGACCAGAGGAGCUAGUCGCUCAAGACAAUUCGCCUGAACCCAUAGCCCAUGAUUACCACGGUGUCCUUGUUCUGUGGAGCCAGGUGGUGUUUGCCGAGACUGAAGAAGAUCAUGAGAAGGCGUGGAAACGUCUAUGCUCGGAAUUUGGUGACCAACGAGCGAUCCUCGCGUACUUGUAUACCAGCAACAACAAUGUCAAAAGCUAUCUGCUGAAUGGAAUGAGCCAUUUGUAUCGGCUUGUCGAAGCGAUUCAGGGUAUGCUAGAAGACCAGGAAAGGGAGUUUCGCCAAGCUUGCACCCAGGACGAGGUGUUAACGGCGCGAGAGCACGUAGGGCGCGGCUCGGAGUAUCUAGGCGAGCUGCCUCAGACGGUAUCUCAAAAGGCACUUUCGUUCAUUACUCGGGAGCGCCGCAAGGCGUUGAAAGGCAUCGAAGCCCUAAGAAUCCGUGGCCGAAUGCUAUAG